CCUCCAGGUUUCUACAUCAUUGGAUUUAAAAGUUUUUCCUACAUCAGUGCCUACAUCUUCUUCCUGGUGUUUGUCUAUCUGGUUACAGUUGUCUUUAAUGGUUUACUCAUGUACAUAAUUGCCAUGGACAACAAACUACACACUCCUAAAUUUCUGGCUGUGGUCAACCUGGCAGUGAUUGAUGCCUUGUUGAACACAAGCACAAUCCCUGGUAUGGUUAAGACUUUUGUCCUAAAUGAUAAUUUUGUUCCUUUCAACCUGUGUCUUGUACAAAUGUUUAUUCACUACUCAUGUAUAUGUUUGGAGUCUUAUGCACUUGCUAUACUGGCCUACGAUCGGGUGAUUGCGAUAUCUUUCCCUUUUCGCCAGAAUGUUCUUAACACACGGCCAAUCAUGUUUACUAUUAUAGGUUUAACCUGGUGUUACAGUGUGGGCUUGUUAGCAUACAGCACCAUAAUCAUGACUCGCCUGUCUUUCUGCAGGUCUGUCACAGUGUUCAGUUAUUUCUGUGAC